CUUGACUCAUCUGUGUGUCACUGCUCUUCUCUGCCAGACUGAUAGACUCACUGACUCGGAGAGAGGGAAGCUCAUAAAAACAGCGAAAGAGUUGAAAUUAAAGGAACCUAUCCCGGCUGACUUGGAUUGGAGACAUGACCAAAGAGACUGAGACUCUGGGACUGGUCUUUCAGAGCGAGAACUUCAACUAUAACCGUUACAAUAACUACGUCAUGGACUCCUGGUCCUACCUGGACAGCCCUGUCCCCGAGCAGAACCACCCCAAACCCAGACUCCACCCAGGAGACGACCUGACAGCCUUAACCAUGCUUUAUGAACAGUGCAAGAACCAGAAAGAGCAGAAGAUUACUAGCUGCAACCGCACCAACAACAUCUGCAAAACAGAGAGGACGCCAAGCAAUGAGCUUGCUGCGCUGGAGGCGUCCGCCAACGUCAUGAGGAUCCUCUCUGAGAGCGUUCCCGUAAGCCAUCCAGCCCAAGAGGUUCUGGGAUCCAAGCCGAGCACCUCCCUGCCAAUUUCUGUGCCCACCACCUCAGACACCUACGCCACCCUGACCAGUGUGGUGGCGGACACUUACGACAAACAGGAGCUCAACAUCAUCUUUGACUCCCUGCUGCAGAAGUGGCCUGAGCCCGGUGCUUUCCCUGACCCCAGCACUGAGACUCUUCCCUACAGCGAUCCCUUCCCCGAGGAGCAGCCCAGCCCUGUCUACUCAGGCUCCUACACCGGCUCCCCACAAGAGAGAUUCAGGAGUGAGUUUCAGUUUUCCCUGGGAGCUCCUGUGGCUUCUCCUUACAAGUCCAGCGAGCUGCCCAUGGUCUACCUGAACAAGGGCCAGUUCUACCCCAUCACUCUCCAGGGAGUGGACAGCAGUGCCUGCCUCGGUGUCACUAAAGUCAAGACGGUCGUGAUGGCUGUGUUCGAGAACGACAAGAGCCCAGAAAUGCAGCUCCGCUUUUGGAAUCACUGGCACGCACGUCAGCCAACCGCCAAGCAGAGGGUCAUUGACAUCGCGGACUACAAAGAAGUCUUCAGCGGCAUUAGCAACAUAGAGGAGGUGGCCUUCAACGCUCUCUCCUUUGUUUGGAACCCCAGUGAAGAGGCCAAGGUGUACAUUGGCAUCAACUCCCUGAGCACAGACUUCUCCGCUCAGAAGGGAGUGAAGGGCCUGCCUCUAAACCUACAGAUCGACACUUACGACUUCAGCUCGGGAACCAACCAGCUCCUACACAGAGCCGCUUGCCAGGUCAAGAUUUUCUGCGAUAAGGGUGCAGAGAGGAAGAUGCGUGACGAGGAGAGGAAGAGAAGCAAGAGGAGGGGAAAGGCUGAUGCUAACACCAACAAAUCUUUAGUGAGCAGCUCCAUGGGCAGCGACAGCACCUUCUUUCAAACCCUGGAUGACCACGUCACCCAGCCGGUCCUCUUUAUCCCAGAAACACACAUCAACAGCUUACAGCGCAUGGCCCCUCCCAUGGACGAGACUGACAGGAGUUCUAUGAAGAGAUUGUAUCCAGACAGAGACCAGAACAGCUCUCCACCCAGCAAGCUAGCCCGCAGAGAAGACCCACAAAGAGUUCUUCUGUACGUAAGGACACCCGCUGAAGAGGUCUUUGAUGCACUCAUGCUCAACGCGCCAACGCUGUCAGGCCUACGGGAAGCUGUUUCAGAAAAGUACGGUGUGCAAAAAGACACCAUUGGGAAGAUCUACAAAAAAUGCAAACGAGGGAUUUUCGUCAACAUGGACGACAACAUCAUCGAACACUACACCAACCAGUCGGCCUUCCUCAUCGAGAUGUCCGAGGUCGUCGGCGGUCAGUUCCAGGUCACCCUCAUCGAAGUAUGAGAGCUGGCGUCCCAUCAGCCGCCUGCUCCACUGAAGGAUGUAACAGAUCCCAGCUGCCAGUUUAAACCAUCUCUAAUAGCACUGCCCAGUCAAAGACAAUGUAAGCUGU